ACCCCGUUCUGUAUCUCUCUCUCUCUCUCUCUCUCUCUCUCUCUCUCUCUGCCUAUCUUGAAGAAAAGUAUAUUCGUCUUUGUGGGUGUCUGAGCUUUUGGUUUUGGUGAGGAUGGGGAGGCAACCAUGCUGUGACAAAGUUGGGUUAAAGAAGGGGCCAUGGACAGCUGAGGAGGACAAGAAGCUUAUUACCUUUAUUCUCACCAAUGGCCAAUGCUGCUGGAGAGCUGUUCCUAAGCUUGCAGGAUUGUUAAGGUGUGGAAAAAGUUGCCGACUGAGAUGGACAAACUAUCUUCGGCCAGAUUUGAAGAGAGGUCUUUUAUCAGAAUAUGAAGAACAAAUGGUCAUUGAUCUCCAUGCUCAACUAGGCAACAGAUGGUCUAAGAUUGCUUCUCAUCUCCCUGGAAGAACUGAUAAUGAGAUAAAAAAUCACUGGAACACCCACAUCAAGAAAAAGCUGAAAAAGAUGGGCAUCGAUCCUAUCACCCACAAGCCAAUCUCUACGGCCACUGAAGAACCCCAACCCGAACAACAACUGCAACACCAACCAGAACAAGAGCAAAAACAGCAUCAAACUUCUCAUGAGACUGAUCAUAGUACAGCUGAACUUGAUCAAAACAAAGAACCGGAGACAUCAUUGCAAUCAUCCUCCAUUAAUACUGAAACCAAAGAGGAAGAGAAAAGCAUGACAAGCCCAUUUGACCCAAUGGAGCUCAUAAAUAACCUCCUCGUUGAUGAAGUUCCAUUAAUGGAAGUACCCCAUGAGAUUAUCGCUCCAAGUGCAGCUUCUUCAUCGACUUCUUCCUCCUCAUCCUCUUCUUUAAAUUCCUCCAACUUAUUGCAAGGGUACAUAGAUCAGUUCCAGGAUUUCGAGUGGCCUUGUGAUCAGUACAACAACAACUUGGGCUGCUUGUGGGAUGAUGACCUUCGUAGUUGGGAUUUGUUGAUUCAUGAUAUUGAUGGUGACAGAAAGCAGGUUGUUGAUCAGUGCCCAAUAUUGGUUAAUUUGGAACAAGAAUCUAAUUGGGCAUAUAACUAGGUGUGACUUGGGAUUUUCUUAAGAGAUUCACUUGUAAUUCGGUUGUUAUAGUUGUCUCAAAGCGAGUCAAAUAAUCAAGAUCCGGGAAAACCCCAUCUCUGAAUUACCAUUUUACCAAAAAUGAACAUAAAAUAAACGUUUCUGUAAAUGAGUAUGGGAGUAUUUUGGAUUAUGUUCUUUCAA